GAAACGGCCGCCCGCCUUCCUAAAAGCGCGCGCGCGCUGCCGGGCGGAGAAGAAUCGGCGUCGUACUGUACGUCCGAGUCGGCGCGCUUUCGCCCGACCGUGACCGACCGGUGGCAGGUUAACGGUCGAUCGAGUCGACGUUCGAAUCGCGGUCCGUUAUUAAUAGAGCGAAGGCCAGCGCAUCGGCCGUGGCCGGGCAGAAUCGCGGUCGGAGAACGGAAUUCUCCACAGGAAUAAGUCGACGGAUGCCGAAUUCCAGUCGCAGCGCCGUCCCCAGGGAAGUCCGACGACAUGAACAUCACUUUGGUCUUCGCCCUCGUUACCUUUAAGCAAGCCUGGUCGGUCUCCAUCAAACCCAAACCCUGUUUCAACGGCAAGCGUCAACGAGGAACCUGCAUGUUCGUUUGGGAAUGCAUCCGAGCCGAAGGAAAACAUCUCGGAACCUGCACCGACUCCUUUCUGGUCGGAAGCUGCUGCUGGCGCCGAGGAAACGCCGAAGAACAACCUCCCGCCCAGUGGACGGCUUCCCAUUUCCACAAUUCCUCCUCCGAAAACGGAGUCCGCCCGACGGAGACCGAUCGCCGAAAGAAACCUCGUCCAGAAUGCGGAGUUCCCUUCGACACCCACCGAUCCAAAGUAGUGGGAGGAAGCGACGCCGCUUUUGGUUCUUGGCCUUGGCAGGUGUCCAUCAGGAAAGUUCGAGGAAGCUACGGAUUCGCCAGCACUCAUCGAUGCGGAGGCGUCAUCCUCAACCGAUUGUGGAUUGCCACCGCCGCCCACUGCGUUGAAGAUUUGUACCCGUCCAGGAUGAGAAUCAGAGUGGGCGAACACGACUUCGGCAGCACGAACGAACCCUUUCCAGAAAUGGAGAAAAACGUGGGAGGUAAGGUUCUGCACCCGGGUUACAAUGUUUUCACUUACGAACACGACUUGGCCUUGGUUAGACUGACCGAUCCCUUGGUCUUUCGACCCCACGUUUUUCCCAUAUGUCUGCCGUCUACCGACGAUGCUUUCGCAGGAAGAGAGGCCGUGAUUACCGGAUGGGGUCGACUCAGAGAAGGAGGAAUCCUCCCCUCGGUUUUGCAAGAAGUGAGAGUGCCCAUUAUCAGCAACCAGCGAUGCAGAGAGAUGUUUCGCCAAGCCGGAAAACUGGAAGUGGUUCCGGAAACGUUUCUAUGCGCCGGAUUCGCCGAGGGAGGUCGCGAUUCCUGUCAGGGAGAUUCGGGAGGACCUUUACAGAUAAAAGAUGACGAUGGAAAGUGGAUUUUAGCGGGAAUCAUAUCAUGGGGCGUCGGAUGCGCUCAACCCAACAUGCCCGGAGUCUGCGUUCGCAUCACCAAAUACAGAGACUGGAUAACAGGAAUCAUCGCCUAGAGUGGAAGAGCGCCGAGUAACACUGGGUAAUCUCUUAUCCAGGAAGUAAAUUAGCAAAGCUCUCUUCGUCCUGAUCCGGGGACGUUUCGUAACUCGGAAGGAGUGGUCAAGAUUUCCUUCGUCAUCUACAAACAACUUGGAGGGCGUAAGCGUUUGCCGAAAAUCGGCGGAAAUUUAGUCUGCGUUCUUAUCCGGAGAUCGAUGGAACCGUCUCGACAUCAAACGCCGUCUCAGAAAUGUGAUAUUAUUCAUGAUUCGGGACAAAAUUAUGCACCGAAGACAUGGUCAGACCCCAAAAGGUGUAGACUUCGCAUGGCGUCAAAACCCACAUGUAACUUGUUCAAGGUGUAAGAGAAACGCUUUUCCGUUUUCCAAUCCCGUGGAAGAAACUUUCCGGAUCAUCUAUUUUCUUCCAUUACCGGCAUCAUUAGCUCGGACGCCCAGACCACACCUCAGUUAUAUUAUGAAAAGUGUCUUUAAUAAUAAUAAAAAAAUAAUUCGAGUUGGAACCUUCGAUUGGCUCGUUUACGGUCACGAACGAAAACCAUAAAUCGCUC